AUGGCUGUCAAAGGAUUAACGCUGUUGGUGGUGGCUUUUGCGUUCUGCAACUGUGUGGUUAAAGGAUCAAAUGAUUGUACUUUGCCAUGGUUAGUAGAUAACAAUCCAUUCAUCUCUAAGGUUGAAUCUUUCUCUAUCAACAGAUGUCCUACGCCUAUUAUUGGGGAUCAAACUAAAGAAUAUUGCUGUUAUAAUACUGACGGAAAGGUUGAAUGUUGCAAUUUCCAAGAAUUUAUGCUCUUUGGAUUGAUUUGCCUUAUUCCGAUUCUUAUUGUUUUGCUGAUUCUUUCAUCCAUUCUCAGUUGCAUCUGUUGUUUAUUGUGUCCAUGUUGUGCCAUUUACAAACGUAGGCAAUCUGGCAGUUGUGUUUAA